UUAAUCAAAAUAUUUGUGUAGCUUCAGUUGAUAGUUUGUUGAACACGCCUUGAAUUGUUCUGUAUUCUUUUCCGAUGAACUGACUAUUAAGUUUAUUCACUUUACAAAUCCUCGCAACAUGCAGCAUUACGGCAGCAAGACCAAUUUCAUUGGCAUUGACAAUGACAAACGUCACAUGCCAUUGUCCAAAAGAUUCAUCAUGUAUGCCUACGACAAGGAUACUGGUGAAGUAUUUGGGCGUACACCCUCCAACUGGGCUCAAAUAGGAUUGUAUUAUACAGCAUUUUAUCUAUCGCUUGUUGCCAUGUUUUCUGUGGUACUAUGGAUUUUCUUUCAAACAUUAGAUCCACGUACGCCAACAAGACAAUUGGAACAUUCAUUGAUAGGCACAAAUCCAGGCUUAGGAUUUAGACCUAUGUCCAAUGAAACUCAUAGUACUUUGAUUCAUAUCAACAGUAAAUCCGUUGAAGAAUACUCUGUGUGGAUGAGAAGACUCGCUGACUUUUUAGAUGUUUACAAGAAACCCGGUUUAACACCAGGAAGAGGUCAAAACAUAGCUACAUGUAAUUACGAAAACCCGCCUGGUAAAGGAAAAGUGUGUGAUGUCGACGUUAAAGCAUUUGAGCUAUGUACAGAAGAACAUAGAUUUUAUUUUGAUCGACAAGCACCGUGUAUAUUUUUAAAACUCAACAAGAUUUAUGGUUGGAACCCAAUUUUCUAUGAUGACCCUAACGACCUUCCUUCAGAUAUGCCAGAUUGGCUACAAUUCCACAUCAAAAACAUAACCAAUCCACAUGAAUUGAAAACUGUAUGGGUGUCUUGUGACGGAGAAACUACGGCAGACAAAGAGCUUAUUGGACCAAUGUCUUAUUGGCCUAUUCCUGGAUUUCCUGGAUACUUCUUUCCAUUUGAAAACUCUGAAGGAUAUCUCAGUCCUCUGGUCGCAAUGCAUUUUAGGAGACCAGCAAAAAGCAUUGUUAUAAAUAUACUGUGCAAAGCAUGGGCAAAGAAUAUUGUUCAUAAACAAAAUGGCGUCAACAGAGGAUCAGUGCAUUUUGAACUCAUGAUUGAUUAGGUUCUUAAUAAUUAUUUAAGAAUAAUACGACCCGUAAGAGUUUUAUCAUAACAAGUAAAUUUUUGACAUGUUUUGAAUAAUAACAUACGAUUUUUAACAAUAUUUCAUAUUUUAGAAAUUAUCAUAAAGGUAUACAAUUUUUAACAUUUUACUCUAUAAAACAGUAUUAUUUAUUAACUAGGAAACAAAAUAAAAAAAUAUUAUAAAAAUAUCCACAAAAGUGUAUAAUCAUUUUCUUCUAUAUUGUGCAAUUGAGUUCUUUUUCUAAAACAUAAAAACAAUUUAUUAUAUACUUAUAACAUUUCCAUUGUAUAAAGUUUAUAUUUAAAUUUAAUGUUUUGUGUGUUUUACAACUUGAUUUAUAAUAAUUAUUAUUCUUGUAUACAUUUUUUUUUAUUGCCUAAUUGGCAUGUAUUUAUGUUACAGUCAGGAAUUGAAACAAUAUAUUGAAUUCCAUUCCAACUUUGCUGCAGCAAUAUAUUGUUUCAAGUUACCCUAUUUCGACAUUGACAGAACAAUAUAAUGCUCUAGGUUAUUAUUCCGUUUCGACUACAGUGAAAACAAUACAUUUCAAGAAGUAUGGCAACAUCGACAGAGUAAUCAAGAGCAUUAUUAAAAUUAAAUCGUUUCGUUUGAGUAGGAAUGGAGUAAUCUGAAACAAUAUAUUGUUCUAUCAAGGUCAGAAUAGAGAAAUCCGGAAAAUAUAAUAUUCCAAUAAAUUGUUCCGUUUCCCUAGCUAUAGUGUAUACCUUCCAUUAAGUUGUUAAGAGUAAUAUUUAAGUUUUAAAAAUGAAUCUUAUUAAGGUAUAUCGAUUUACUUUUAAUAGUUUUUAACUGUUUUUUUCGAUAAAACAAAUAAUAAUUAAUUUUAAUCUCGUUUAUGUACACUACUCUUAAAUAAUAAUUAUAUAAAUGGUUGUAAAUUGAACACUAUACCAUAUUUCCCUUUUCUCAUUAUUGUAGUUUUUUUUAUUAUUAUUUAAAAUAGUUAAUUUAUAACAUUAAACAAUAUAUUUUAUACUAUUGUGAUACAUUUUAAAUAUUUUAUUUAUUUUAAGUUAGUUUUUAACAAAAUAAGUUUAAUAUAUUUAACCUACGUGUUCACUAACAUUAACAAUAACUC